AUGUAUACAGACAUGGCAAAUAUUGCAUGGGUCGAAGAAAUGAUGCAUGCAGAGCAAAGAGGGAUGUUAACAAGCGAACGAAAGCUUGCAGAUCCUCCGGGUUAUAUCUCAGACGAGGAAUCAAUUCAAAUGAAACCGGUACAAUCAUCGGCAUCAACCCUUUCUGCAGAAGAAACAGAACGUUUGAAAAUAAAAAAAGCAUGGGAAGUGGCACUUGGACCAGCUAAAAUGCUACCUAUGUCUGCAAUAGUAGCAUAUAUGUCAGGAAACAGUGUUCAGAUAUUUUCACUUAUUAUGACAUUUAUGCUUUUCUGGAACCCAAUAAAAAGCAUUUCUAAUGUAAAUGCGAUUUUUGUUCACUUAGAAUCACCUACAACACAUUCUAAACUUUUUCUUCCCAAGUUGUCAUUUAUACUUAUCCAAUUAAUCACGAUUAGCUUAGGUCUUAUAAAGAUGCAGUGGAUGGGACUUCUGCCUAUCACUAAAAGCGAUUGGCUUGCUUGGGAACGGGAAAGAAAUGUUUUGUCAAUCAUUUUUGUCAUCAUUUCUAAUUUUAUAUAG